AUGUCGCAUCUGCUCCUCCUCCUGCUUGCCAUCAUGUCGAUCCUUCCAGUCAUGCUCACCCCCGUAGAUUCCCGAGAAGCAUUUGUUGGGCACGCCAGCUUCUUCCGCCGCCGCCAUGAGGCCCGAGGGUGCCUGCGCGAGCGUGCUCGGCUCCGCUGCCUCCGUCGGGACCACCGCAGGCUGGUCUGCAUGCAGCGAACGGACGCAGGACAGAGUUCUCCAUCCUCCGCGUCGGGAGAUGGAACUGCGAGCGACGAGGAGUCUUGCGAGGUCGAUGGGCAGGAAGCUGCUGGGCCGGACGCAGCCUGGUGGGAAAAGAUGGAGGAAGACAACGAAAUGCUAGACGGCAACCUUGAAGCGUCAUCAGUCAAACUGCUCAAGGACGUCUCCGAGGAUUUUCUCUCCAAGCUCCCCAUCAGCAGGCUGCUCACGACGCUUAUCAAGCCUGAGGAUCCUGUGGUGGUGCCGGCCGUUGGUAACGUCUCGUCGGAGUACAGCGAGGAGGAGGAUGGGACGGCGCGGGUAGAGGAAGACUCGCCCGCAAGGAAAGGAGAUUACAGUGAAAGUCUUGACCCCGGGACUGGAACUUUCAGCGCGCUGGGAAGUGAAAUCCUUGUCAGCACGUUGACGAGCUCUGUGUCCAAGAAGCCAGAACGGCAGAGCAUCCCGAAAAUACUUCUCUACUGUUCGAACAUCACCGAUCUGCUGGAAGAACUGGAGACGAUCUGCACUGUUGAGGAGGGAGGAGCGGGAAAGAGAGAGGGAGCAGCAUGGAUGAAAUUUCAGGAAGUUCUGAAGCCAGAGGAUGCUGUGCUGGCUCUGAAUCACAUCAAACGGCUGGAAGGACAAGUUGGGAUCGACUCGAUCGCAUUGAAUGAGAGGAAAAAUCGAAUGUUUGAUCACCUUGCUGCACAGAUCUGCAAGGAGAUGAGCGCGCUCGGCCCCAAACAUGUGGCGCUAGCAGCGACCGCAGUGGCGACGAGGAGGAGGAGGGAGGAGAUGAUGCGUGCAGUGACCCGGCGUCUCCUUGAGAUGCAAGCAGAUCCUGUCAGGGAGUUUGUCUUCACAGAGCAAACCAUCGCCAUGCUCUUCAACGCGUUCGCCAAGGAGAGGAGGAGCGAGGAGCAGGCGUUGUCGAUGCUGUCCUCCCUUGUCCUGAACCUAUCGGGGGGCAUGAAGAGCUUGCAGAACGUCGCGAUCAUUCUGAACUCGAUGGCAAGCGGAAAGACGUCAUCCAACAUCUCAUUGAGAAUUCUCAACGUUGCGAUCCGACGACUUUCACGUCUCAGCGUUCUGAAUGCUGCUGUUCGUUUGGACGUGUCCAACGAGAAUUUCUUUCGUUUCAUGUCGUCGUACGUGAAGCCGUCGAUUUUCACUUGCCUCGCAUCCGAGAUUCUUUCCUCGGCCAGGAGCUUCGAUCGCUGGGAGGAACAAAUCAUGUGCAGGAUCGGCCGCAACCGAGUGAAGCCAGUGAGGAGCUCGGAGCUUCAGAGGAGCGUGGGGGCAGCAGCGGCUCUGCUGGGGCUGGAGGUGGAGGAGGAGGUAGUAGAGGAGGACACUGGACUUUCCGUGGACUUCUUCCUCCCUUCUCUGUCCCUGUACAUCGAGGUGGAUGGGCCUUUCCACUAUGCUGUGGAUUUGGCUGAGGAGGAGGUGGACGCUGGUGGAGGAGGAGACAGAAAGGAAACUUCCUCUGGGAAGCACGAUAUUCAAGCAGAGAUUGCUAGAGCUCUACCGCAAGGACGUCAGAGGUGA